GCUCGUAGGCGUCCGUUCAAUUCCAAACACGCUCGUGACCGGAGGUGUAGUGCACUGUGUAGGGGGUUUAAGCCUUUAUUCUACCCCCUGCGUAGUGCACAUGUAGGGAUUAGGGCUGUAUUUAAGACACAGCCCGGGUUUAGGAGCGAGAGUCUGUAGUUAAAGACGCUGUUAAGGAGAGAUUUGGGUCAGUUUUACACCAUGACCAACGACAAUCACAUCCUGCCUAAAGACUUCCCCGAGCUGAAGAAUGACACGUUUUUGCGAGCGGCCCGGGGCGAGGAGGUCGAACAUGUCCCGGUGUGGUGCAUGCGGCAAGCGGGACGUUACCUGCCAGAGUUCAGGGAAUUCCGAGCGCUGAAGGACUUUUUUGAGACGUGCCGCACCCCGGAAGACUGCUGUGAGCUCACGCUGCAGCCGCUGAGACGAUUCCCAUUCGACGCCGCGAUCAUCUUCUCAGACAUCCUGGUGGUGCCGCAGGCACUGGGUAUGGACGUCCAGAUGGUAGCAGGAAAAGGGCCGACGUUCCCAGAGCCUCUGAAGGAGCCGGAUGAUCUGCAGAGACUCCGGUCCAAAGUGGACGUGGCGUCCGAGCUGGGCUACGUCUUCAAGGCCAUCACGCUGACGCGGCACAAGCUGGAGGGUAAAGUUCCUCUCAUCGGCUUCAGCGGCGCACCGUGGACUCUGAUGUCGUACAUGAUCGAGGGCGGGGGCUCCGUCACCCAGUCAAAGGCGAAGCGCUGGUUAUACAGACACCCCGAGGCCAGUCACCAGCUCCUCAAGCGCCUCACUGACGUCAUCGUGGAGUAUCUGCUGGGCCAGGUCAAAGCCGGCGCUCAGGCCCUGCAGGUGUUUGAAUCCCACGCCGGCUGUCUGGGCCCGGUGGAGUUUAAAGUGUUCGCUCUGCCGUACCUCAGGGACAUCGCACGCAGAGUAAAGGACAGGCUGAAGGACUCCGGGCUGGAUGACGUCCCCAUGAUUGUAUUUGCGAAGGACGGCCAUUACGCGCUGGAGGACCUCUCUCAGUCCCACUACGAGGUGGUGGGCUUGGACUGGACCAUUGACCCUCGUAUGGCACGGCAGAGGACUGGAGGAAAAGUCAGUCUGCAAGGGAACAUGGACCCCUGUGCACUAUAUGCUACUAAGGAGAACAUUUCUGAGAUCGUAAAGACGAUGGUGGAGGCGUUCGGCACCAGGGGCUACAUCGCCAAUCUCGGCCACGGGUUGUACCCCGACAUGGAUCCCGAGAACGUGGGCGCGUUCGUGGAGGCCGUGCACUCGCACUCCCGUCGGCUCCUCGACCACAAAUGAGACGUCAUGACCGACAGCACGAGUCGCUAUCGGAGCCACACACACCAUCAGAGCACUAUUCAAUGCCUUUAAAUAAAAAGAGAGAGAAUUAUUGUAGUAUUUUUCCGCGUUACUUGCAAUCAGAAAUGAAUGAAUUAAAAUAAUUUAAAAAGAA